AUGAUUGUGCAUGUUAAACAGAGUUAUUCGACUUCUCGGGGUGGUGCUAUUGACUACCGUGAAGAAUAUUUAGGUGUGAAAAAUAGGAGGCUAACGAUAUCUGGAAUUCAUGAUACAAAAGUGCCUGGCAAGAUUGUAACAGGCAUUAUGGUCAAAGACGUUGACACUUCAAAGCUAUGGUAUUAUUGGGCAUGCAAACCUUGCAACAUCAAAGUUUUAGAGCAUGGAAUUAUGUCUGAUGAUGAAGAUUACGAUAAGAGGAUUCCUCUUUUCAGUUGCAAAAAUUGUGGUGAUAUUUAUUCAUAUGGUACCAUCGUCGCAAGGUACUACAUUGUAUUAUUUGUAACUGAUGAUUCAAACGUCGAUGUCCGCUUCCUGAUGUUUGAUGACACUGCUCAAAGAUUGUUAGGUCAUUCAGCUGAGUCUAUAAUGGAACAAAAUGAUGAGCUUCUAACUAUGAGGAUGCUUUUCAAAAUAACAGUUUCAGAAGAACAUAAAGGAAGCCAGUCUCCGUAUGUAGUAGAACUAUGGUCUCAAGAUGUCGACAUUAUGACUGAGUGGGAUUCUCAAUCAGAGCAACCGUUGAUGCUUACGAGUUUUGACGAACUUGAGAAUCCAUUGUCUGGAUCUUCACUCACUCCUUCGUCUAAGAAGGUAAUUAAGAGUCUCGACUAUUUGGAUGAAGGUGAAAAAUCUGUUAACAAAAAGCGAGCGAAGAAAGAGAUCCCAAUGAAGUUAUGA